AUGGUAGAUAGACCCGCCAUCGACUUGCGGGUGCCGAAGGUGGUCAUAAACGCUGCGAAUGUGAUCCACGACUACGCCCAGAACUGUCUCGGCCUGGGCGAGAAAACCUCCAACUGGAACGGUGCCAGAGAGUGCAUCAAAUACUUCCGUGCUUGUAAUGCCGAGGUAAAAUUAAUAGUCCAGCACGGGCUUGCCAACGACAUUCCUAAUGACAUAAGAAGAAUGUGCGACGACAUACCUAAAUGCGACGCUAAUCCUGGCCCCAGUGACGACCUCUCUACCAUCAUAGCAGCGUCGAUAAUGGACGGGUACUUCGUUGACAAUGAUAAGUAUCGGGACCAUAAAGAGAACGACUCCUUGCCUGACGAUAUCAAACGGUGUUAUUACCGCGCUUUGCGUUGA